GAUUUCAUCGAGGGACGCCCUGGCUUUCUCUAUUUCCAUUUCGCUUUUUGUUGUUUUCGUCGCCUCUGUUGGCUAUCAUCGUUCUGAGUCUGGCGUUCGCGAGAUUUUCGUGCCAGACUACGUGAAAUCCUUCCGAAUUGGACCCCUGGAAGCAAGAGUUGGGAAUACUUGAAGGGAGCACAGGGCAUAUUUAAGAAGGACGCGGCUACGGCACUAGACCGCGGCAGGAUGGCCUCAACCGAGAGGCAGCCACUGCUGAAGGUCGUGCAUAUGGAUACACCAGAGGACGCCGAGCAGAACACAGUAGGCCACAAGCGAUGGAUAGAACGAUGGCGGCUAUUGUCCGUUCUCGGCGGUAUCGUUCUGCUCUCAUCCUAUACCCUGUACUCGGCAUGCGGAUUCAGCGUGCAGUAUCUCCAUUACCCAGGCGAGGAAGACUCCCCUCAGACUCCGAUGAACAGCAAUCCAGGAUCCGUUUCGAACUACAGCUGCAUCCCGGGGCAACCGUGCUGGCCUUCGACCAGUGAAUGGAAGGCCUUCAACCGAAGCAUUGGCGGGAAUCUUAAGCUCACAAUUCCUUGGGCCGCGCCUUGCUAUGAAGAGUCGCCCAAGAAGUGUCAGCAGGUCGCGGAAGACUACACCGAUGGGGUCGCGAGAACCGCACAGUAUGGCGCUAUGGAGUUCCUCGACUGGGAGACGUGCGGCCAGUCGAACUGCAUCCUCAACUCCUUCUCGCCAUCGUCGCCUGUUGCAGGUACUUGUUCGCUUGGACGACUCUCCACAUACCAUGUGGAAGCGCAUACCGCAGAUGACAUCAGCAAGACUCUGGAUUUCAUCCGACAACACGGGAUUAGAGUCUCGAUCAAGAAUUCUGGCCAUGACUACUUUGGACGAAGUAAUGCUGCGAACUCCCUCGCCAUCUGGACGCACAACAUGAAGGACACGAAAUAUCAUAAGAAGUUUCUGCCUCAGGGAUGCAAGGCUCAGUACGAGAAUGUUGGCGAGAUUGGCGCCGGCAUAUCAGCACAAGAGGCUUGGGAAACCUUCGAGCCUCUAGGCAUGCUUGUCACCGUCGGCGCAGUGAGCUCUGUGGGCGUUGCAGGCGGCUUUGGGCUCGGCGGAGGGCAUGGCCCUCUUGGGCCUUCCUUUGGCUUGAUGGUUGACCAAGCUAUAGAGUUCGAUAUCGUCACUGCAGAUGGGCAGGCGCGCACUAUCAACGAAUGCACCGAUCCUGACCUCUUCUGGGCAAUGCGCGGAGGCGGCGGAGGUACAUACGCCGUGCUGACCUCGUACAAGUUCCAGCUGCAUCCCGCUGUCCCUCUCAACGUCUACAGCUUCCAGGCGAACUUCCCCCUGCCCGAAGGUCAUCUCGACAUCACCGAAUCCAAGGUCCAUCGCGACAUCAUCCGCGCGCUUGCUAUGAACCAGACUCUGUUCGCCUCGCAAGGUAUCGCCGGCUACAACUUCAUCCUUCCAGACCACAUAGUCUCCCUGCAGAUCCUCCCAUCCACCGACACCGAAGCAAUCAAGACCAUUACCUCGCAAUGGCAUGACUUCCUCACGAAUUAUCCCGGCCUCAACAUAACCGACAACGCAUAUCAUAUCUUCCCGAAGUUCUCACAAUGGCACCAGUUCACGGAGGCACCCUCCAUCGCCCGCAACGGCCCUGUCGGGAUCGGUAUCUCAGAGUCAGGCCGCUUCGUCCCCAAACACCUCUUCUCCUCGCCCGAGAAGAUCGAGAAAGUCGUCAACGCAGUCAUGACCGCAAUGCAGUUCUCCUACACCAACCGUGGAGGCGGCAGCGCUCAGCUGUAUGCAACAGGUCCGUUCAACCAGCCGGACAACAGCAAGACGGGCGUCAACCCCGCCUGGCGCGAUGCAGUUUGGGAAGUCAUCAUGGGUCAAGUGUGGACGAGCAAUACCCCGCAAACUAUCCGCACGCAAAUCCAAAACACCAUUUCAGCAUCCAUUCAACCCCUCAAAGCCCUCACGCCGGGCGGUGGAUGCUACAUGAAUGAGGGCGACUGGACAGAAGAGAACUGGCAUCAGACCUUCUUCGGAAGCAAUUACGACAAGUUAUUAGAAGUGAAGAAGCGAUACGACCCGACCGGCUUGUUCAAUUGCUGGAAGUGUGUGGGAUGGACGGGGUAUGACGACCCGAUGUACUCAUGCUAUGCGCAGAGCGGGAAGACGCCGCACCCGAGUAUUCCGCUAGGACCUGUUGGUUGAACGCGUUUGACUGGCUCAACCCGCCCGCGGCGCGGCUUCUUCACCGAUUUCUUUCUUCACUUCCUCUUC